AUGCCCCUAGACGUUGUCCUAUCAUAUUUCCAUCAAAUCAUAUCAGCGUAUGCUGGAGACCGUGCUCUUCAAGCCAUAUUCUCAAAUCCAGGACCUAUGGAGAGAUCUGAAGCUACUUACCACAGUCCCAUCGCCUUCGAAGGCAAGACCAUCAACAAAUCAAGCACGAUCCACGCACACUGGCGCAAUGUCUCGCCAUGUAGCGCACCCUCGACCCCAACCUCACGACUGGCACACAAGCCACAAGAUAUCUGGGACGAGGUGGCACGUCUCGCAAAUCUGCCCUUGUCCCUCCGCAACAUAUAUUUCGCCCGGAGAAUAUUUGUCGCAGUCUAUAAACAUUGGAACGGGCGCAACACACAUGAUGAUAUCCGCCAACUUCUAGAUUCGGGGGAACUACAUCUUGCGAUGACAGCCCUGGAUUUCCAUUUCUUCGGCAGAGCACUCACUGGCACAACGCAAACGAGAAACUGGCCUGCACUUGCAGAACUCCAUGUUGAAGGCAACAUCUUUGCCGAAGGACACAUAGGGCACGCUGUACGUUCCGAGUCUGCAGCCCAUGCGUUGGUUCAUCCCUCGGAACAUGGAAAGUCGACCAUUUACAUCGACGCAUUCCACCUCGACGGCUCCCCACAGACUCCCAAAGAGUUAUUGGAGAUUCUAGUGCAUGAAAUGGCACAUGCCGCCUAUGAUUCAUUCGCGUGCCGAUGCAAAAGCUGCAAUGACUCGGACCCGGAGGUCCUUGGCGGUUACGGACAUGGCCGUCUGUGGGUGAAAUUGGUUGAGCAUAUGAGAGAUACGAUCAGGAGCUGGGACAAAGCCUUGGAAGACUUCUAUACCGAGGAUCUUGAGUGGAUGCAUAAUUGGGAGCCUUGA